GCCUGCGUUUCCGGCGAGCCGACCGGAAGCUGGCGCAGCUUAGCUGGUUCGGCGCGGUCUUCCCUGUCAGAGGAGCGUGGUGGACUAGGGAACGCAGAGUGCCGCCCCGGCGAUGCCUGAAAUCAGAGUCACUCCCUUGGAGCCCUGGUGAGCAGGUCCUCUCUCUUGCCCUCUGGAGCUCCUGGAGGCUGGGGCAGGUGGCAGACAGUCUCAUGGGAGAAUGGGGGCUGGCCAGGAUGUGGGCCGCAGCUGUAUCUUGGUCUCCAUCGCGGGCAAGAAUGUCAUGUUGGACUGUGGCAUGCACAUGGGCUUCAAUGAUGACAGGCGCUUCCCUGACUUUUCCUACAUCACCCAGAAUGGCCGGCUGACUGACUUCUUGGACUGCGUGAUCAUCAGCCACUUCCACCUGGACCACUGUGGAGCACUCCCCUACUUCAGUGAGAUGGUGGGCUAUGAUGGGCCCAUCUACAUGACCCACCCCACCCAGGCCAUCUGCCCCAUCCUGCUGGAGGAUUACCGCAAGAUUGCUGUGGACAAGAAGGGCGAGGCCAACUUCUUCACUUCCCAGAUGAUCAAAGACUGCAUGAAGAAGGUGGUGGCUGUUCACCUGCACCAGACAGUUCAGGUGGAUGAUGAGCUGGAAAUCAAGGCCUACUAUGCAGGCCAUGUGCUGGGAGCUGCCAUGUUCCAGAUCAAAGUGGGCUCAGAGUCUGUGGUCUACACGGGUGAUUAUAACAUGACUCCGGACAGGCAUUUGGGAGCCGCCUGGGUUGAUAAGUGUCGCCCCAGCCUGCUCAUCUCGGAAUCUACCUACGCUACCACCAUACGCGACUCCAAGCGCUGCCGGGAGAGGGACUUCCUGAAGAAAGUCCACGAGACCGUGGAGCGUGGCGGGAAGGUUCUGAUCCCUGUGUUUGCACUGGGCCGAGCGCAGGAGCUCUGCAUCCUGCUGGAGACCUUCUGGGAACGCAUGAACCUGAAGGUGCCCAUCUACUUCUCCACUGGCCUGACGGAGAAGGCCAACCACUACUACAAGCUCUUCAUCACCUGGACCAACCAGAAGAUCCGGAAGACCUUUGUCCAGAGGAACAUGUUUGAGUUCAAGCACAUCAAGGCCUUUGACCGGGCGUUUGCUGACAAUCCAGGUCCCAUGGUCGUGUUUGCCACACCAGGGAUGCUGCAUGCGGGCCAGUCCCUACAGAUCUUCCGGAAGUGGGCAGGAAAUGAGAAGAACAUGGUUAUCAUGCCUGGUUACUGUGUGCAGGGCACUGUGGGCCACAAGAUCCUCAGUGGGCAGCGCAAGCUCGAGAUGGAGGGGCGACAGGUGCUGGAGGUGAAGAUGCAGGUGGAGUACAUGUCAUUCAGUGCCCAUGCUGAUGCCAAGGGCAUCAUGCAGCUGGUGGGGCAGGCAGAGCCAGACAGCGUGCUGCUGGUCCAUGGUGAGGCCAAGAAGAUGGAGUUCCUGCGGCAGAAGAUCGAGCAGGAAUUCCGGGUCAGCUGCUACAUGCCAGCCAACGGCGAGACGGUGACUCUGCCCACAAGUCCCAGCAUCCCUGUGGGCAUUUCUCUGGGGCUGCUGAAGCGAGAGAUGGCACAGGGGCUGCUUCCCGAGGCCAAAAAGUUGCGGCUCUUGCAUGGCACCCUGAUCAUGAAGGACAGUAGCUUCCGGCUUGUGUCCUCAGAACAAGCCCUGAAGGAGCUGGGCCUGGCAGAGCACCAGCUGCGCUUCACCUGUCGCGUGCACCUGCAGGACACGCGCAAGGAGCAGGAGAUGGCCCUGCGCGUCUACAGCCACCUCAAGAGCACCCUGCAGGGCCACUGCGUGCAGCACCUCCCCGACGGCUCCGUGACUGUGGAGUCCAUACUCAUCCAGGCUGCGGCCCACUCGGAGGACCCAGGCACCAAGGUGCUGCUGGUCUCCUGGACCUACCAGGAUGAGGAGCUGGGGAGCUUUCUCACUGCACUGCUCAAGAAGGGUCUCCCCCAGACCCCAAGCUGACAUGCUGCCCACGUGGGCCUGUGCCUCUCCUCUGAACCAUGCCCAGCAGGACCACUUCAGGACUACAGCAUCUGUGUGAAUCAAUCCCGUGGCUUGGCCACAGUCCCCGUCCAGGGAUAGAGUCCCAUGGCAGGCCAGCCUAAGCACACCUUUGUGGCAGGGCAAUAAACACACCUCUGGGGCUA